AUGAAUGAAAUAAACUUGCAGCUGCAAGGAAAGAUAUUAACCCUUGUUGAUACAAAGCAGAUCAAUGUCUCUUUUAUUGAGAAAUUGAAUCUCUUUUACCACAAUAUUUCCAGAAAUGAAUUUUACAAUCUCCCAGGACUCGCUUUGUUGACGAAUGAAUUCCUGCCUGAGGACAUUGACGUCUAUGCUACUCACCUGAAAAUGCUCAAGGAUGAAAUGACAACUCGCUUCCAGGAUGUCAUAAAUUUAAAAAUUGAAACAUGGAUGAUUCAUCCUUUUGAAACAUCUGUCACUGAUGUUCAAGUUGAUGUGCAGGAAGAAAUGGUCGAGUUACAAAAAGAUAUCACCAGUCCAGGAGGCACAGAAGAGAUGUGGCUGCAGCGAUUUGUUCCUGUCAAAUACCCAAAACUGUGA